AUGCGGUAUUCACACGUCUGUACCCUAGCUUUUGCACUGGCUUCUAUCACAAUUCUCACUGCCACAACUGUGCUUGCCUCCCACUUACAACUUGAAAAAGAGCCUUUGUUGGGUCCUCCAGCGCUUGGACCCACCUCCGGCUAUGACGAUCCGAGGGAUCCAUCCAGCAUCAAAAGUGGUAGUCCACGGAGCAGAGACCUGGAUCAAGCUCACACUCAAGACCUAAUGUCAUUGAGAGAACCGACAUCUACGGCUUCAAAGCGCAGGCCAAACAUCUACCACAGUCACCUGGUAUGGAGCACCUCUCGUUCCAAGGCCGGAUACGGUCAUUCCGUCUCCGAACGCAGUCUUCUAACCGACCUCACAAUGAUCGGCUUCAGGUUGGUCUGGGAUUACAUGGACAUCGCCUACACAUCAUACAUCGCCUUCUACCAAACAACCGAACUCUGGGCCAACAUAACGGCCAACGCACGAGGUAAAUGGAAAGCCGAGAAAGAAGUGAUGAACCUUGACAUCAUCUAUGGAAGCCUGAAAUUAAGCAUUGCCGGCCUGAUCGACGCGAUCUCUUGGGAACUUUUAGCAGAUUUUGCAGCGGAGAUGCUGGUACUAUCUCGUAAUAUCGUCGUUGUAGCAUUCAGUGUGAUCAUUUUUGCUAAUUGGGCAGCCAUGGUUAUCACCCUCGUGAUUGCAGUCCACCUUCUGGGUACUAUCAAACCACAACAGCUCAUCACGGGGCCAUAG